AUUACAGGUGACAAGCACGGCAUGAGGGUAUCUAACAAAUGUAAAUACAGGAUUUAAUUAGUAUCAGCUGUUCAAAGUUUAUCUAUGAAGGAGAAGACCAGGAGAAACUAACUCAAGAACAAUGGAAAAGGACAAAGACUUCAGUGAAUAUCCGAAAGAAAUAAAAAAAGCGCGAGUGGAGAUUAAACCCUGGGACAAUGCACGGCGGCAGGCCGAACCUCCGACAAAGUUGAUUGAGAGUGACCAAGAUACAUUCGAGUCCACCACGUACGAUAUCAGCAUCACAGAUCUACCGGCUGAUGUAUUAAAUGAUCAAGAAGAGGAAGACAACUACGACUUCCCAAAAAUGUUUGUCCCCAUAAAGAAGACAGAAAAACCAUAUGAAAAAUCAGUUUUAAAGCAUGACCAGGGAUCCAUAAAGCUGCAAUUCCGACUUCGUGUGAUCAGAAACCGGGUGGUGUAUACAUUACACAUCAAAAAGGACGGAAACUGGACGAAGAUUUCGUUGGAAAAGAAGGUUGGAUCUAAAACCUUGGAAAUAAACCUCACAGACCUUAGCAUUGCUUCCAUAUGUCUGACGUCAAGUCGUAUAUAUGAUAAUGUGUCUUUGGAUCCAGAGAAGGAGACUGUUUACAAAAAUAUUCUCUCUGCAGAUGAAAUUAUCACUUUCCCUCAGGGAUCAGUUUCAACAACAACACAAGUCAAAGUCAGUACUGUUUCGAUUGAUCCAAAGAGUAAGAAAAAACGACUUACAGAUAAAUCGGAUAUAGCGGCAUUAUCCAAUAUUGCCUAUAUUCAUACCAAUGAGAACAAAUUGAGGCACAAAGCGGCUCUCACGUUUAAAUUGGAUGAAUUAUUUGAGAUGGAUGACUCUCCCCUGGAAACUUUUGUAUUCCACUGUGACGAGAAAGGGUUAGAGAUUGUGGACAUUCCCGUGCAGUGCGUUUCAGAGUCGAAAGCACUUUAUCAAAUAGAAGUGGACACAUUUAGCGGGUAUGGUGUUGGGAGAAGACGUACAGAUUAUCAAAGGGACGUCGGCCCAAAAAUAGCACACGCUAUGGAUAUGAACUACCAUCGUUGCAAGAUUUUACUUUUCAUUGAAAAAGACGACUCUGAUGUAUCAUUAUGGUCCGAAAUAGUUCCUGCAGAAGAAGAUAUUGUUGAAAAAACUUUUCAAAAACGAGAAGAAGAAGAGAAACUCAUUGUACUUAGGGUAUGUAGAUCCCCGACUGUGAUGGUGAAAAACCUGGAGAACAUUCGUAUCGAGAUUCCGGAAAAUGUAGGAAUCAUAAUCUCACCAUCGGCUUUGAGAGACCCACGAGUACUGAGUUACGACCAUGAAAGUUACGAAAAUUUUCACCGCCUGUCGAUAAGCAGGAACAACAGUCAUCAGAAUGAACAAGCCAUUGUGCAAUACCGCCGAGUUCAAGAACAAAAUGACUUACUUCACCAGGCCCAUUUUGGCGCCCACAAGUAUUUUACAGGGACGAAUCUGAACAAACCGAGAAGACCUUCGCUCAGAACUGAACAUUGUGCAAUGUUUGACGAGUCAAAGAGUCUCUUCAUCUUGAGUAAGCAGCUGACUGUUGGCCAAAUGACAGCGCUCGGCAGUAUAUUGAAUCUGACAGGCGUAAAAAUGGAUGAACUAAAACACAAACACUAUGGAAAUCCUGCAUUACUGAAAGUGUCUAUUCUUCAGAGUUGGCUGGAGAAUGAUUCAAGAUGCAGCUUCAAACAAAAAGUAGAAAAUCUAACAGAAGGGUUAGAGACCUUAGAAUUAAGGACGAUCUCUGAAGUUGUGAUUGAGGUAGCAAACAAAAACAGAGCCUUUAAGCUGGAGGAUUUCAAUACCAGCUAAAUAUUUGUCUGUUGACAUGUAACACAGGACAGAAAAAGUGGACACGGUCAAUGCAUUCAAUUACUAACAUGUAUAUAAAAAGUAGUUUACUCAAUUCUGUGGUGCAGUGAUUUUCCAUUGCUUUACAAACUCGAGUUUGUCAGGUUCUGCCUGUAUUGUAUGCUCUUUUUGUAAACAUAAUACAUUUUUUUUUUAUCCAAGAACGAUAACUCUUACAUUGUUCUGUAUUAUUAGGAUGCGCAAACCAAAGGAGGAAGGGAAACCUAUCACAUUACAGUAGGGUUGAUCCCAUACCCUCUUGGCUGUGCUGUAUAUGUGUUCCCGAUGAUUUGAAUGUUAAGCUCAUAGGGGCAAUUGCCUUGCGUUUAAUAAAGCUAAUGAAUGCACUGUGUAAUGAUAUCUAUAUUUUUGUGAUAGUGAAUGAGAUGUGUAAUAAAUGUUGCUUGCGAAACUGCAAAUUAACCCCCCC